UUGGGAAUAUUGUUUGGUGCACAGUAGUGUAGAACUGUGUUCAAGGAUUUCGUAAAUUUGUACACUAAACGCCAGGAUAGAAGAUACUUUCCCCAGCACAUCGUGGCGGCCUCUUUCUCGACUUUAUUUUUGGCUCUGACGCUGGCGUUGUGACAUUGGAUUACGUUACGAUAAUUUAUUUAAAUCUGAAGUGGUCUGAAUUGAAUCUGUUUGCUAAGUCGCUGAGUUUUUGAUGUUAUUACAAGAGUAAGAAUGGCUAACUCUACUGCUACCAAGAUGCCGUGCUCACAGUUCGGGUGUUCAUAUUCACCUCAGUUGGUCCUACACGGCAAUGGUAGCCCUUGUUGUGAUAGUAGUCAACAAAUCCAGGAUGGUUUACCUGGACAAUCCGUCUGUCCGUGUCAACUAGACAGAGUUUUACAGCACCGUAUUGCUUCUAUGCCCGUUAAUGUUCUUCCAAGACCACCGUUUGGGGACGGAGCGUUCACGAUUAGUAGCGGUUCAGGGCUAUCAGCCUUUUAUUCACCACUGACAAGAACGUGUGACUUCAAAGACAUGGCACAACCUUGGAGAGAUUCAUGGUACCUUUCGCAAGCAACUCGAAACCCUUUUGAAUUCCACGGCUUUGAUCCACAUACUCAUGCAGCUUGCACUCGCUUUGCAGAAAGAUUUUCGCCCAUCGAUCUAGCAGCCGCUGGAGCAAGGCGAAAAAACGCGACAAGAGAAACGACAAGCACUCUUAAAGCCUGGCUAUAUGAACACAGAAAGAACCCAUAUCCAACCAAGGGUGAAAAAAUAAUGUUGGCAAUAUUGACAAAAAUGACACUCACUCAAGUAUCGACGUGGUUUGCCAAUGCUCGAAGGCGACUCAAGAAAGAAAAUAAAAUGACCUGGUCUCCAAGAAAUCGUUGCGGAGAAAGAAAAGACGGUGGAGAUUCAAGCGACGUGGAGGAUAUCGAUCUGGACAUAAAUAGUGAUGAUGAAAAACCAUCUGAAUCGCAGUCAGACAUUAAACUUCAAGAAAACGAAGAAAAAGAAAGUAAGAAAGAAAAUAUUAAGAAAAACGAGGGCAGCGAUGAAGAAAAAUCUUAUCGGGACUAUCCCAGUGUUGAGUCUGAAAAAUGCGAUUUUUUUUGCUCUAAUGUCGAUGAAACAACAACUGCGGUUCCUACGCCAGCGAUAAGGAAUCUUCCUGCUAUAAUAACCAAGAGAGAGCUUGAAGUAUCUGGUAAAGUAGAGGACUCGCCUGUGAAAAGUCUUCGAAAGUGGGUCGAUGGCUGUUUUUAUAAUCCACCAAUGUCAUCGAGUCCAGUUCAGCCUUCAAGUCCUGUACAAAACCAUCAAUCUCCUCCUUCGAUUCAAACACAAAGAACUUCAACAGAAACUCCAGUUAUAACAUCAGCUCCGAGUUCAAAGACAUAUAAACAAGAGACGAGAGAAGUCAGCCAAGGAGAGAAAAGUCCAAGCAAUGUUGUUCAAGAAGACGCUCUCCGACCUGAUGAAGAAGUGAAGUCGAGCAGUAACAACGCGUUAAAUCCCUCCGAGAAAAGAACCAAUGAGCCUAAAAACUACAGAGAAUUUGACGCUGCAUUAGCACUAACGACACUUUCAUCGCGAUAAAAGCCGAAGAAAGCUGAACCAAACUCUACAACUGAACAUAAAAAGAACUUCCACGAAGGCAGGGCUUUCUUACCGAGUUCAUAGAUAAACAAAAAAUCGACUGAUAGGCUGAGAGAUGCAAAAGAGUCAGUAGCUAGUGCUCAGUCAGUGUGAACAAUUAAAAGUUAGUUGUAGACUAAAAAAGACCGGGUUAAACCUGUUUUCUAAUCGUGUUGUAUUUCAACAAAAUCAAAGCGUUUUUUUUUUCUCUCGUGUGUUUCUACUGGGUAUAAAAUACCAAUUUUCGAUGUUUUUGUUGAUGUCAUGUUUUAAGGAGUUAGUUGUGUGUUUGUUUUCUUAGUCCAUGACAAAAAGAAAAAUAGUUUUAAGACAAUCCUGGAAGGAACUCAAAGUUCAAAACAUCCAGUGCUAAAGUGUUUUUUUUACGAAAUUGAGAAGAUGUUCUUGAUAAAGAACAAUGUCUUAGCUUUCAAUGUCGAAGAAGUAUUGUAAAUUAGAAAGACGUGGUGUAAAGGAGAUUGAAUUUCCCACGACUACACCUGAAGUUUUAAUUUGAAAUGAGAGCUGGUUUGUAGAUAGGAGAAAAAUAACAAAUAGAAAAUAAUUUUGAAAUAAAAAAUGCGUCAAUAGUUU